UCCCUUCACGUGGCCGGAGCUGCCGUCCUUCGGUGCACCCUGUGGUAGCCCCGGGUCACCACAUGGAGGGGGGCCUCCGGAACGCCAUCGUCUUCAAUGCGUCCAAAGGGGAGGCUUUCACUCUCGCCAGCGGCUACAAAUCCCUACGGAAAAGGCUUCGCGGUAACUGGAAGGUUCAGAGCUUAAAAGAUGAGAUCACAUCUGAGAAACUGUUUGGGGUAAAAUUGUGGAUUACAGCAGGCCCAAGAUUAAAGUUCAGUGCUGCUGAGUUUUCUGUUCUGAAGAAAUUCCUGGAGGAUGGUGGAGCCAUCCUGGUGAUGCUGAGAGAAGGUGGCGAGUCCCGAUAUGGCACAAAUAUUAACUUUCUGCUAGAAGAGUAUGGGAUUGUUUUCAAUAAUGAUGCUGUAGUACGAAAUGUAUAUUACAAGUACUACCACCCAAAAGAAGCACUAAUCUCUGAUGGAGUUUUGAAUAGGGGAAUCAGUGAAUCUGCAAGAAAAACAGUGCUUGAGACAACAGAUGAAGAUGGGAGCAGACGUGACUCACAAGCUCUCACUUUUGUGUAUCCAUUUGGUGCCACACUGAAUGUGAUGAAGCCAGCAGUGGCUAUUCUGUCAACAGGAUCUGUCUGCUUCCCGCUCAACAGGCCUAUUCUUGCUUUCUAUCAGCAUGAGAAUCAGGGUGGAAAGAUGGCAGCGCUGGGCUCUUCCCACAUGUUCAGUGAUCAAUAUUUAGAUAAAGAAGAAAAUGGGAAGAUUAUGGAUGUGCUUUUCCAAUGGCUCACGACAUCAGAUAUCCAUUUGAACCAGAUGAAUAAGGACGAUCCUGAGAUUUCAGACUAUACCAUGCUCCCAGAUACAGCCGCACUGUCUGAGCAGCUGAGAGUCUGUCUGCAGGAAGGAGAUGAGAACCCAAGAGACUUCACAAAGCUGUUUGAUAUGUCCCUUUAUCAGAUGGAUACAACUGCCCUUCCUUCAGUUAUCAAAGCUUAUGAACAGCUGAAUGUGAAACAUGAACCUCUCCAACUCAUUCAACCUCAAUUUGAGACUCCACUACCUGUCCUGCAGCCAGCUGUUUUUCCACCUGCUUUCAGAGAAUUGCCUCCUCCACCUCUGGAACUGUUUGACUUGGAUGAAAUGUUUUCUUCUGAAAAAGCUCGUCUUGCAGAGAUUACAAACAAAUGUACUGAUGAUGACCUGGAGUUUUAUGUACGAAAAUGUGGUGAUAUCUUAGGAGUAACAAGUAAACUCCCAAAGGAGAAGCAAGAUGCCAAGCAUAUCCUGGAGCACGUCUUUUUACAAGUGGUUGAGUUUAAGAAACUGAACCAGGAACAUGAUACUGACACAAGUGAAGCUGGAUUCCAGAAUGGUAACCGAGAUGUGACUUUCCCUAGUUUGAGACAGGCAUUUUAGUCAAAAUAUACUUUUGUUUCGUUUUGGUUUUUUUUUGUGGGUUUUUUUUUUUUACAACCUCCAUGUUCAGUAUUGAUUGGGACCAUCCCAGUAGUUCUCUGAAUAUUGGAAUAAUUUAUGUGUAGUAGUUUGGAUAAUUAAUGCCUUUUGUGGAAGAACUUGUACUUUGAAAGCACUUUCCAAGUAAUUUCAUAUUUUUCUACUUCUUUAUUAAAACUAUAAUUUUAUAAUAUAUGGAAAAAAAAAGUCUCAUACAAAGAAAAUGUGGGUUGGCUCCUUCUUCCUGGUCUAGUGUCUAUUUUCUUGUAGUAAAGUUUACUGUGGGUUCUGUUUGUACACAUAACCUUUAAUUGGGGGAAAGAUUGUUCUUCUGGUUGGUGAAAUGUGCAAAAGAAAAUACAGCCAUAAAUACAGAAGCUGCUGAUAAUAAUGCCUGUCUGUCACCCUGAGGCAUCUCCUGUUGUCUCUGCCAAACUGAACCAAGGAGAGGUGUGUUUGUUACAGGAGAAGGGAAGGGAAGAAUUGAAAUUAAGCAGUAAUGAUAUCAUUGCAGAUCGCUGUCUCACGUAAGACUGGAACUACAUUGUUCUGAAAUGAAGUGGGACAGCAUUUGGAUGAAAAAGACUUAAGAUUCAAAGGAUUAUUAUUAAGAAAAUGUGGUACUGUGUAGAAACUCAGGAAUAUUUUUGCUUACAGUUAUGUGAUCUCUAGCCAGAGAUACUGAGCUAGGUAAUGCACAAGAGCAGAAAGUCAAGUGCAAUUUAUUGACCAUGAAAUGUUGAAGCUCAGUGCACAGCCAAAAUAGAGCCAAGCAUAUGAUUAGUGAGAACAAAAGAUUGGUCAACAUCAUUAAUACUGAAUGUCUUUGUUGAAAGGACUUGUAAGAUUGCACUUUUAUACCACAUUUUGGAUGUCAGUCUGACAGUUAAACUGUUAAACAUAAAUUCCUCCCCCACACAA